CUAGGACGCACGACGCCGAACUCAGAAAGUAAACAUCCUGAAUGCUGGAGAAAAAGCAGCAACCGAAAGCGAAAUGCUCGGUGACUAUCACACUUGAAGCUACUUCAGAAAAUCCGGCACAUUUCUCCUCGUUUCAGCUGAGAUUGCAUGAGUUCGUGCGUCAGUGUGAGGACAGGUGUGAUGUGAGCGACAGGAGUUGGUGCCUGUGACCAGUGAUGGCAGAGGACAGGGAGGUGAACCCGGCGGGCGCGGCAGCCCCCUCGACGGCACAGAGUAGUCGCCAGACGUACCGCAGCAGUAACCACUCCCAGAGUCUGUUGGGCGGGCUCCUAGCGCUGAGGCAGGGCGGCAUCCUCUUCGACGUGGUACUUUUGGUGGAGGGCAGGCCCAUCCAGGCCCACCGCAUUCUCCUGGCAGCCUCAUGCGACUACUUCAGAGGAAUGUUUGCUGGAGGGCUUAGAGAAAUGCAGGAGUCCGAGAUCCCAGUGCAUGGUGUGACCUACACUGCCAUGGCUAAGCUGCUGGACUUCAUCUACACUUCAGAGCUGGAGCUGGACCUGGACAACGUGCAGGAGAUCUUGUGUGCAGCCACUCUGCUGCAGAUUCAGGAUGUUAUUGGCUUUUGUUGUGAUUUCCUUUUCUCAUGGCUGGACGAUGACAACAUCCUUGAGGUGUACAAGCUGGCGGAUAUGUACGGGCUGGAACAGCUAGGAGCCAAGGUGCACUCCUACAUUCUUAAAAACAUCCAGACUUUCUCCCGGACUCCCGUGUACCGCCAGCUCCCUCCAGAAAAGGUCUUCAGCGUCCUGUCCAGCGACGAGCUGGAGGUCAGCUCUGAGAACGAGGUGUAUGAGGCAGCAUUGCAUUACCAUUACACCCCAGAGCAGGUGGAAUCGGACGAGGUGUGCCUGCAGGACCCGCUGAAGAUGCUGGAGGCGGUGCGCUUCUGCCUGAUGGAGCGGCCGGUGCUGCAGCGGCUGCACGACCGCCUGAAGCGCUGCCCGCUACGGGACUGCGUGGCGGCGGCGCUGCGCUACCACGGGCAGGAGCUGUGGCAGGCCGUGCUGCAGAGCCCGCUCACCCAGCCCCGCUCCUGCUUCCGCUGCAUCCUGGGCUUCGGGGGCAUGUACUCGCCCGGGUCGGUGACGGCCAGCGACGAGUUCCAGAUCUUCCACCCCUCCUGGGGCGAGUGGAGGACCCUGACCGCCGCCCAGGCGCCCCGCAUGUCCAACCAGGGCAUCGCCGUGCUCAACAACUUCGUCUACCUGGUGGGAGGGGACAAGAACACCAGCGGCUUCCGGGCGGAGACGCGCUGCUGGAGGUACGACCCUCGUCACAACAGCUGGUGCACCAUCAAGCCCCUGCAGCAGCAGCACGCGGACCACUGCGUGUGUGUGCUGGGCGGGCGGAUCUACGCCAUCGGCGGCCGCGACUACAGCAACGAGCUGGACUGCGUGGAGUGCUACGACCCCCACACCAACACCUGGGAGUAUGUGGCGCCGCUCAGGCGGGAGGUGUAUGCCCACGCUGGGGCAGUAGUGGAUGGGAAGAUUUAUAUCACCUGUGGGCGACGGGGCCUCUCGUACCUGAAGGAGACCUACUCCUAUGAUCCCCUGGCCAACCAGUGGGCCCCCUGCGCAGACAGCCCUGUGGAAAGGGCGUGGCACGGCAUGGCAGCGCUGAACGGGCGGGCCUACGUCAUCGGGGGCAGCAACGACGAGCGCGGCUACCGCCGUGACGUCCUCAAGGUGGUGUGCUACAGCCCCGCCACAAACCAGUGGACCACGCUGAGCCCGCUGCCGGCGGGCCACGGCGAGCCGGGCAUGGCGGUGCUCGACAACCGCAUCUACAUCCUGGGCGGCCGCUCCCACGACAAGGGCAGCCGCACCAAGUACGUGCACAUAUACGACAUGGAGGCGGACCGCUGGGAGAGCGGCACGGCCUUCGAGGACCGCAUCUCGGGCCUGGCCGCCUGCGUCCUGCUCAUGCCCCGCUCCGUCAUCCGGCAGGCCCGCAGCUGGGAGCAGCAUGCCAAGGCCUCCUGGGAGACGGUGGACUUUGACAACUCCGACAACUCCAGCGAGGACUGAUCGGCCUGUUGCUCGCUGUGGAGGGGGGGCUCUGCGAGGGGAAUUUGAACUCGAGCACUUUCGUUUCCUUUCUGUUGCAUGUCGGGCUGACUGUAUCCUCGGUGGACCCUGCCUAGUUUUGAAGUACGGAUUUCGUGGGAGAGGAAGAAGGAAGUCACUGUUUGAAAUGCUGUGAAGUCAUACGAAAAUGCUAAAAGCUUGUGUGAAUUAUCUGAGUUAUGACAGACUGUGAAAUCAUUUAAUUGACUGCAUUGUAGGAAUCACUUUGGUCCAUAAUGAGACACAUGCAGUAGUUGUGGAAAUGUAAUUUCCUGCCAAAUUUUAUGAAGAGAGGUUAGGUAGAACAAGGGUCUCUGUCUUGACACAGAAUAAUUUCCAACUGAUGGAACAUUCUUGAUAUGUUCUUUUAAUUGUAUAAAUUGACUUUCCUAUAAUCUAUCAUAGUUUGAAACAAAGGAAAACAAAGACCAUUAAUUUCUGUAAGAUGUCUCCUCAUCAAAUCAGCACUGAUUCACUGAAGCCUAGUACACAUAUCACGAUUUGUGAAAAUCUCUAGGAAGUCUGUUGUAAGUUAACCUGACAUACAUUACAUCUGGGGAAUUGCAAAAUUGAGGAAGCAGGCGCUGACACGCCAUGAAAAUGUUUAAAUUGGGGAAUCGUGUCGCCACCUCAGAAUUCAGCAACCGUUUCUGAGCUGGAUGGUGCUACCCACUAGUUACUGAUGCCAGCCUAUUAGAUUAAAAAGCCCUUAGGACACACAGAGCAACACUGGGCUCUUUUUGUCAAGCUACCUGGCUAUUUCUUUCCACUUACAAGCUUCCGUUGUUUGUAGCGGUAGCUGUUUGCAGGUGGAUUAAAUAUGCCUUCAUGAUCUUGCCGCAGAUUAAUAAAUUCAUGUUCUGCGUGCACUUUUGGCACAACGCUCUCUCUUUUGCAUUUUGUCUUUUAAACUCUGCUCUGUGUUAUGGCUGGCUGCUAGCAGUCCCUCACUGCUUGUGAAAACCUGCUCAACAGGAAUGGGUGAGAAUAUCAAGACUGCUAGCAGUUUGUAAGGCGCUUUAAAGAACAGUUAUCCUUCCUCAGGCCCUGGCACACUUCGCAGUCUUAAAAGGUGUUAACCAGAGGUACAAAGUCAGCUUCCGCAUGCCAAGUUUCACCAAGAAUCGUGGGAAACCACAGCAAACUUGGGAGGCCAAGUAAAAGCUAAAUCGUAAAGUGUGUACUAGGCAUUAUUUAACAAGGACUUGCGUGAAAUGAUCAUGAUUGGCAAUAAUGAAAUAGGCCACUAAUUGCAUGACAUUAUGUGCAAGACUUGAAAAUAACAUUAUGUGUGUUCUUAAUGUUUCAUGUCCAUGCAAAUGCCAAUUGACUUUGAGCACCAAUAGGUGUAGUGAUGGACCGGGCAAUUAUGGGCACUAGUUUGGCAAAAUGAAGACAUAACACAUGCACUUUAAAUUGUUCUAGUUUUGUCUUAUUUCCAGGGUGCCUUAUUUAUUUCUACAGGUUCAUUAGUCCCAUAUCCUGAUUUGCAAGUUGAAUGCUGCACCUAAGAAGCCCUACAGUAUAGUCUACUCACACUGUAUCAGAACAAUCACUGUGAAUACAGUAAUAGAUAAGUCUUUUUUUCUUGUCUAUUUAGGUGAAAGUUCAGAUUUCCAUAAAGAAACUGGUACCAUAGCAUCAGCAGAGCUGUUCUCUACAAAACAGUUGAGAAAUAACCACAGGUAACAAGGAGAAAAAAUGAAAAAGAAUCAGAAUGUGAGGAUAGUCAGCCAUCCACAGACAGGUUUGCAGUGUUUUGUUCUUUUGACAAAGAGUGCAGUGCGAUCAGCGUGAGCUUGAGUGCCAGCAUCGUGAUGUAGGAAGGCUUUGUGGGAGAACCGUCUCUGUGAAUUUAUGAUGUUCACGAGAGGCCUGUGUUGCACCAUGGGAAGGAGAGGGAGGUGUCAGAGCAAGGAGGGUGGCACGUCGUGUUUAAUUUGACCCCCCCCCCCCC